CUCUGAUUGGUCGUUGGCACAGAACUUAAAGUUCUCCAAAAACUAAAAAUUUAACCAAAGGACACAAUAACCACGCAGAUUUGGAAAUUUGAACAAGUAUAGACUUGUAAGAAUGCCUUAGGUUUCAUUAAACGGCGCAACAAGAACUAAUGCGUUCACUUUUCCUGACGUCCGAUCUUCCUUGUCAAAUAUUGCAGGACGUCACUCCCAUUAUUGCAACCACAAAUAAUGGCUUCCCAUAAACAGUUAGGCAGCUUUUGGUCCAGUGGUUGGAGUCCAAACUCUACCUCUGCCAUCAAUGAGGCCGAGGUGAAAAUUUGGUGUUCAAAUUUGCAAAGGCUGUGGAAUAUGUACAAAAAGGAUGAGCAAUUCUUCAGUCUCAUGCAGAGCAAGCUGGACAGUAGCCCAAACCCCUUCCUUGAGUCGCUCAUGAUUUGUAAAAGCUGUGAAGAUUUUGGCAUUCCUGGAAGGAUAACAUUGGCUCAUGAUGUGAUGAUGACCUUUCGAUACUGGUUAGCCGAUAACCAGCAAGCGUACCAGUGUCUAGACCAGGAUGUCAAACUAUCUGCCUGCAAAGUGAUACCUUAUUGCAACGACACAAAUUUAUCCCAGACCAUCUAUGCUGUCUUCAACAUUGCCCAGGAUCCUCAACUCGUAAAGAAAGUGGUUGAUGAUGAACUGGCUCGUAGAAAGUACAAAGAGGCUUGUCACUUGGCCUCUAUGGGGCAAAUCUACUCUCAGUAUAGUGUGGAGCAAAUUGUCGUGCCUCUUAUCCUCCAAGACAAAGUAAAUGUGGCUGAAGUAUUUCUCGAUGGUAGCCCCGAGCAUCAAAAAGAAUUAAUUGUACUACUUGACAAUAUCCUUGGCAUGAAUGACAUCAGCCAAUUGCACCAGCUUGGCUUGAAUCUCCAAGUACCUAACAUGAAGUUGGGCAACUUCAACCCCAAAACCUUCAAAAAGUUGGUUUCUCGUCUUUCGAAGAAGUACAGACUGGCCGACCUUUGUCCAAACUUGAAUAAGAAGAACAAAAAAGGAGCUCUUUUCUUCAUGCUGAAGAAACGUUACAUCGAAAAGACCAUUGGCGAGGAGAGUUGGCAAGAGAUGGCUCACGAAGCCGUCAAAGAUUCUAGAGAACUGCAAAUUGAACUGAUCCAAGGAGUGCAUGGCUACGGUGCCCACAAAGAUGUAGCAUUCUGGGUGAAGCGUUACAACAUCCUGGUAUCGGACCUCCCAGAGCAUGUGCAGGCCAACAUUGAUUUGAACUCCGGCAGCUCUCUUGUGCCUUCGGAGGAACCAGUUUCUAAAAGAGACACAUUUCUGCAACUACCACUGCCCUUUUCAAGUAUUCUAAUUUUAGACACUGCAAAAGGAUUGUCCAUGUUCUUGGAUGAGAACUUACAGGGCAUAAGUAUAGUUGGAAUUGAUGCUGAAUGGAAACCAUCAUUUGGAGGGAAGCCUCCUGAACUAGCUCUUAUCCAAGUCAGCUUGCCAGACAGAGUUUUCCUGAUUGACAUUUCUGUUCUGAAAGGACAAAUGAGCAGUGAAUUGCUGGACAAGUUUGGUGCUAAGUUUUUCUUCAAUAAGAACUUGCUAAAACUUGGAUUUGGAUUGAGCCAUGAUCUUAAAGCUAUUGAAAAUUCCCUUCCCCAAAUUGGAAGCCCUUUGACAAUGAAUGUUGGAGGCUACUUGGAUUUGCAAACUAUGUGGCACAUUUUGGCAGGCAUGCACAAUAUUGUACUUCCUUACAAAGCUAACCAGGACAGUGGACAAGGCUUGUCAAGUCUUGUUUAUCAAUGUUUAGGCAAGCCUUUGAACAAAGAGAAUCAGUUUUCAAACUGGGAGAGAAGACCAUUGAGAGAAAAUCAAAUCAUCUAUGCAGCCCUUGAUGCGUACUGUCUUCUACAAAUUUUUGACAUCUUAAAGCAUUGCUGCAGAGAGCAAAACAUUGCUUUUGAGGAUGCAUGUCGAGAGUCCGUCCCUCAUGCAUUCAAGCCCUUCUCUCCUAGUAAACCCGAGAGUUCGUGCGUUGCGAUACCGAAAAGUCCGAAUCAACUUUCUCCUAGACCAAAACUACAUGCAAAAGAUGCAAAACUCCUUUGUGAUAUAAUGGUACAAGGUCUUGGGAAGUAUAUGCGUAAGCUGGGUAUUGACACAAAGUUAGUAUCUAAUCCAGUUCAACACUCGUACUGUGUCCGAGUGGCACUAAUGGAAAGCCGAUAUGUAAUUACUCGCGGAAAGUCAUUUCAAGAGUUUGCUAGUCAGCUGCCAGAGGGGCAUGUGAUAAAUAUUUCUUCCCAUUAUGUUGAAGAGCAAGUCGAUGAGGUUCUGCGCUUCUUCAAUAUUCACGUGAGCCAAAGUGACAUUUUUGCAAGGUGCAUGGGAUGUAACGGAGGAAAUUUCAAGGAAUUAACGUGCAGCCAAAUCGUGUCACUGAUUGAUGCAGACAUCCAUGAAAUAGAUGGUAUUCCAGUAAAGCACCAGAAAAUCCCUCGGGCUCUGCUGGGUAAGAUUGAAAUCUUUCGAGUCUGUCAGGGCUGUGGUCAUUGUUAUUGGGAUGGGUCGCACAUUGAACGUUUUCUUAGGAGCAAGGUCGCUAAACGAAUUCUUCCAUCCAAUUAGAUAUAAUUAAGGCUAUUUUUGUUUUAAAUAUUAAUCUAUGACAAUUUAAAAUAUUACAUUUAUACCCUUAUUGAACGUCACCCCAACAAUAACCUUUUGAGUUAAGUAAGUGAUCAGUAUCAAGUAUUAUAGCAACAUUUAUAUUCACCAUGUUACUCAUAAAAAGGCGUACCAAUAAAUUUACACUGUUUGGUAAA